AUGGAAUCUCUGUACGAACAUCAUACAAUGCUCAAACCCCAAAACUCAUUUGGAAAGGGAGUUAAUGACCUACCAAAUAUGAAAUCAUACAUGAAACAAAGGAGUAUAAACUUUGACGAGAACGUAGCCUACAAAGAAAUCGGUGAACUAGGUGGUGGAAGCUCUGCUGAUGAAACUGAGGCUGACGAAUGCUACAUUGAUUCAAUAAGAAAAGGAUAUCAAACUAGACUAAAAUCUGUACCUUUGUUCAGUAAAUAUACGUUUAAAGAUUCAGUUAUCCCAGUGGGCGAUCCGAAACAUCAUGCCAGAAAAUCUGCUCUAUAUAACAGAACGGAAUGUUUGGAAGCCCAUUAUAUUGCUCACUUUGAUGUUAGAAAUAAGGCUACAAGACUAACUGAGGAGUUGAAAAGUUUUAAUAAAUCUGGAAGUGAAGAUUCAGAAGAGAGUGAGACCAAUGAAGAGUUUUAUAGUUUUGAAAAAAUUAUUGAGGAGCCCAGAAGAAGUGAGAAUAGUAAAAUUGAUAGUAGGAGAAGUGAGACUAGUAAAAUUGAUAGUAGGAGAAGUGAGAAUAGUAAAAUUGAUAGUAGGAAAAGUCUAAGUGUUAAAUUUAGUGUUAGUGAAGUGGAAAAUAAACGUGAAAGUGUAAAUCCGAAAAAUGAUGAAUCUCAUGACAGACUUGACAAGUUUAUAGCCGAUUUAGGCGAUUUACAAAAGAUUAAUCAAAAAAAUGAGGAACCAUCAAAACAGGAUGCAAAUAAGGAGCCUAUAAUAGAACAAAUAAAGAUGAAGGCUAAGCAAGAAGAAUUUGAAGUUUUUGGUGACAGCGACAAAUCAUUCGACCUUGAUGGAGAUAGUUCGUAUGAUAACCGGUGUUCAACACAGGACGAUGAAGUAAAUGUAUUCUACGUAUCAAAGGAUAAAAACUUCUUAAUAACAGGAACAUUAGAAGGAUUUGUAAACGUUUGGGCCCUUUUAAGCCCGUUCACCAGAGAUGAAUUGGACCAUUUGACUGAAGACGAGACCUAUAAUACCAAAAAUAAGAAAAUCCUAAGGUGGAGUAGUUUGGGAAUUGAACCUGAUUUGAGUUUUAAAGCCCACGAAGCUGGAAUUUUGUCCGUGCAAAUAAUGCCAAAAUCAUUUGACAAUAACAAGUCAGACCACGUGCUAGUGACGACCUCUUAUGAUAAGAAAUUAAAGGUGUGGAGACUAAGUAACUUAUGUAAAAUUUCAAAUAAAAGAAACUUCAAUGUUUAUGGCGGCUCACAUGACAGGAAAGAGGUUAGAAAAAGAACUAAAAAGAUUAAGAUUCAGCUUUUGGGUCAGUUGGAGAUGAUUGAAGAUGAGUUUGUAGAAGCAGUGUAUAUUCCAAUACUAAAUGAAAUCAUAGUAACAAGCUUCUUUGGAACCAUUGAAAAGUUUAAAUUGCUAGGUGUGGAUAAUGGAAAUAGGCAAAAAAGAGCCAAAAACAGUCUAGUCAGUGUGACCAAGGUGACCAACGAAGAUAACCACGUCACAGUAGGAAGCUUAUCCACUGGGCAUAAUUAUUAUGCAAUAGGUACACAAAAUGGAGAAGUUAAAGUUUACGACGUUAAGGACCUAAGCCUCGUAGCUACUUUUAUGUGCAGGAAUAACAAGGGAUUCAAUAAGGAAGGUAGGACGGUGAGUGGAAUUGAGUGGAAUAAAAAGGAAAACUUCAUACUAGUUACUACUAUGGAUUCCAGAAUAAGACUGCUCUCGUUGACCAAUAGUGAUAGCUCGAGUGGAAUAUCCUUGAGAUUACUGAAGAAAGAGAAAAAAUUGGAGUUUGUUGAAAAAUUCAAAGGUCAUAUAAAUAAGAGAAGAGGAUUUAAAGCAAGAUUCUUGGGGACUAAUGAGGAGUUUGUAAUUUGUCCCUGUGAAACUGGUAGAAUCCUUAUUUGGUGUAUAGUUUCGCCUUCUUAUUAUCCGGAAGAACCUCUGAAAGAGGAAGUUGAGGACCGGGAAUUGCCAGUUAAAAAUAAAUAUCACAUAACAUUCAAGAUAAAAGAUAAGUAUUUGCUGGAAAAUAUGAAUAUUUACAACCUAUGUGAGUGGGAAAAAUUGUUUAAAAUAAUCAAGGAUUACAGAAAAGAGCUUGAUGAAAAUAUGGAACAACAACAAGGAUGCUUAGUUUUCAGAAGACCUAAGGAACCAGAAAAUAAAUAUAUUAGUCCCGUAAAAGAUAUUUUACUAAUAUCGGCCACCAAAGAUAAUGAAUUAAAGUUUUCUGGACUUGACAUAAAUUAUUUUCAAUAA